CUCAUCUCCAUCAGUUAUCUCCCAUUCUCAGUCCAAACUGCUUGACUUGGAGACACCAACUCUGCCUGGCUGCUCUCAAUUCAACUAUUCAUCUUAACGGACCUGAGCUGAGAUGCCUGAGUCUCCUCUCAGUCCCACGGCAGCCCGUCAAACCCCAGCCAGCAGUCUCCUCAGUCACACAGACAACGGUGCAGGAGAGAGAGUCGCUAAUGGGGACUCCUGCAGUGGAGUGAGUGGAGAAAACUGGCAGAGUCUCUGCCAUAAACAGGUCUUUCUGGCGAUGAUGGCUCCUCAGCAGAUGCAGCAGCUUCUGUCUCCAAACCAGCUGCAGGCUCUGAUCCACCAGAAACAACAAGCACUUCUGCUCCAGCAGCAACAUCUGAAAGAGUUUUACAAGAAGCAACAACAGCAGAUUCAGCUGCUUCAACAGCAAUCCAGCAAGAAAAUCAAAGAGCUUCCUGCACAGCAGCUCGUGUUCCAGCAGCUUCUCCAACUCCAGCAGCAGCAACAGCAGCUCCUCCGGGCUCAGAGACCAGCGCUGACUUCUCCUGCCCUCUCUCCAGCUUGUCUCAGCCCUGCAGAGAUGCAGCAGAUAUGGAAAGAACUCACAUUUGGAAUGAUUGAAGAUAAAACCAUAAUAAAGAACAGCCAGGACUCCUCUGCUCCCAAAGUACUGUCACCUAAAGCCACCGUUAGACCGACCAGUGACCAGCAGUCUCUGUCUCCUCGCAGGGCUGAAUGCACUGUUAAAGGUGAUCGCGCUGCCUCACAUGUCCUCUUCGGUCACGGUGUGUGUAACUGGCCCGGCUGUGAGUCAGUCUGUGAAACCUUCAGCCAGUUUAUCAAGCACAUAGGCAGUGAACACACUCUGGAUGACAGAAGUACAGCCCAGUGCCGAGUCCAGAUGCAGGUGGUUCAGCAGCUUGAGCUUCAGCUCUGCAAAGAACGGGAGCGCCUGCAAGCAAUGAUGGCUCACCUGCAUCUGCCGUCUUUAGAGGCUCAGUCGCUCUCUGCACCCACGCCGUCGCCACAGUCUGAUAGGGCUGCUGACCCUCGCGGCCUGCAGCUCGGCUCAGUCGCCGUCAACAACAGCUUCCCCUCGCUGAGCCUGUCAGACUCGACCCAGGCGUCGCCCCAAACUCUGGACCCUGCCAGCACUCCAUCACAGGGCUGCGAAGAAGAGUCGCCCACCCAUACAUCAUGUGCUGGGGCCGUAAGACGCCGUCACCACCCUUUGGUUUACUCUCUGUCUUCAGAAAAUGAGUUUGAGCUUUACAAGAACACCGAUAUCAGACCCCCGUUCACCUAUGCAACACUGAUUCGCCAGGCUAUAAUGGAAGCAUCAGACAUGCAGCUAACACUCAAUGAGAUCUACAACUGGUUCACGAGGACGUUUGCUUAUUUCCGACGCAACGCCGCCACUUGGAAGAACGCAGUUCGCCACAACUUGAGCCUGCACAAAUGUUUUGUGCGUGUGGAGAACGUGAAAGGCGCCGUGUGGACGGUGGAUGAGGUGGAAUAUCAGAGGAGGAGAUCCCAGAAGAUCUCAGGGAGUCCGUCACUGAUGAAAAAUGUGCCCUCCAAUCUGGCUUUUGGAACCGUUCUGAAUGCCAGUUUACAGGCCGCGCUGGCAGAGGCAUCACUGCCAGGAUUCAAGAGGGAAAAUGUGAACAGAAGCUCAAGGACUCAAAUACAGGACAACAAAGUGGGCGACAGACACAGAAACCAAAACUUCUCUCCACAAGUUCAGCAAACACUUCUCCUUAAAGACGAAGAGCUGAAUGCUAAUGAACAAGACUGUCUGUUGCCGACAGUAAAACCAGUCAGUCUGCAGCACGGUGUGACUGAAAAUGAUGAGGAGCACUUGUUUGACCUUGAAUGACCCUCUGCAGCCUUUACAAUAAUACAUUAUAAAGCAGUAAGGCAGACCAUCAAUGAGCAUUUAGGCUCAUACAGUUUACAGUAAUCCUGUACCGCUGUGACUUGAAUUAUGUAUCUUAAGUGGUGUCAGGCAGCCUGGAAUUCUCACCAAAAUAAGAGUACUGGAUCAAAUACACAUAUUUAUGAGGCUGUUCAGAAUUUUUUUUAUUCAUUGCAGUAUGAAUAAACAAAUGCACACUAUUCACAUACAUACUUACUGUUUGUAUGUGCACAAAAUGCAUAAACAAAUGCACAUAAAAUAUGAAUAAUGGUUGAUAUACAACUAUAUACACGAAAUAAGUGUCUGUUAAGUGUUACAGUUUUGUCAUCUUUUAAUCUCUAUGUAACAUUUUUUUUAUUUUUUAUGUAUAUGGCAUUAUAAUUUCUUUUUCAAGAGACCUCUAUAUAUAGGUUUAAAUUUUUGAUUUAUAUUUUUUUUUUACCAUGAAUAAAUCCUUCUUCUUGUGUUACAAAAUGCAUUAAAGGACAAAGUGAAUGAUUCACAGAAUUCUGUAUUAUGGCAUAGAAACUAAUUUGAUGAUUAAUGAUGUUCUGUUUAUUUGUUGUAAAUGUCUACAUGUAAUAGAAUAAAGCUUAGAGAGGAUAAAUCCCAGAUGUAGAUGUGUCUAUGAAAUUGUUAAACAUGUGCAUUUUGUGCUGUUUCUCCUUGUUUUCUCAGUUUGCUAAAGUGGAUUUAAUUUUUUUAAAGCACUGUCGGUAUGCCAUAUGACUUUUUUAAAAUUCCACUUGUGUGUUUGCACUGAAAUGAGGAAUCUUCUUUAAGGUUUGAGUAUGAAAAUAGAUGCUGAGCACAAAAAACAAUCUAUAAAGAUCUGUCUGUAGACGUGAGUCUGAUGUUUAUUAUUACUGUGCAAUAAAUAUGUAAACUGUUUAAA